UCAAUAAGGGUCUUUCGUUAGUGCAUUAUUGCUUCCAGAUGACCAAUUCGGACAGAAGUUCAUAUAAUUGCUUCAAACCGCGUUUCCUAUGAUUUUCAUUCACACUCUCUCUCCCAGCUGUGAUAUAUUCCUUCGGUUUCUUCUUCUUAUUCCAAUUUGAAAACAUGGGUUCAAGCAGACCAUCGUCCCCUCACAUGUUCAUGUUCAUGUUCAUAUCGUUCAUGUUCAUGUCCAUACAAGCUUGUUUUUGUGGUGGAAACGAACGCUAUGUGAACUGCAACAGACCCUUUCUACGCGCCAACACUCACCGGACACUGCGCUUCACUGUGCUACCACCGCAGUCGUCGAUGAUGCCAUUUGCUGAGUCACCUGAAGCAGGUGAUUCCUCAAAAGGAUAUUAUACGCGGGGCGUUCCCAGUAGUCGGCCCAAUCCACCAGUAUUUUCUCAGCCAACCUCGUCUCCACCAGCACCACAGCCCAAUAUUGUUCCAUCACUUUCUCAGCCAACCUCGUCUUCACCAGCAUCACAGUCCAUUGUUCCAUCAGGAGUUCCAGAUUUUCCGCAAUCCCUGUCUCAAGCACCACAACCCAUUGGGCCAUCAAGAGAUUUAGGAGUCCGAGAUCCAUAUCCUUCGAAAAGCAAUCUGUGGCUGAAAAUUACAAUCGGCAUUUCAGCAGCUGUGGCUGCUAUUGUAGUAAACUUUUGUUUUAUUAUCUAUUGCGUUAAGAGAGGGCACUUCUCAAGUAACGCAAUGGUUUGCUGUAAUAGUGGUGCAGAAAAAUUUCAAAUCAUUGAUGAGGAAAUCAUGAAGAACUGCGGAUCAAUAGCCCCAAAACGAUAUACUUAUUCAGAUGUAAAGAAAUUGACCAACUCAUUCAAAGAUAAAGUAGGACAAGGAGGAUACGGUGUUGUAUACAAAGGGAAGCUACCUGAUGGGCGUAUGGUGGCAGUGAAAGUCCUCAACAAGUCCAAAGGUAAUGGAGAAGAAUUUAUCAACGAAGUAGCUAGCAUUAGCAGAACAUCGCAUGUUAAUAUAGUCACUCUUUUAGGUUAUUGCUACGAGAGGACUAAAAGAGCUCUGAUCUAUGAAUUCAUGCCUAAUGGAUCUCUUGAUAAGUUCAUAUAUGAUAAAGGAUCUCCAAUUACAAAUUGUCACUUGGAUAGCAAGACUAUGUUCCAAAUUGCUGUUGGCAUUGCUCGAGGACUAGAAUACUUGCACCGUGGUUGUAACACAAGGAUCCUACAUUUUGACAUAAAACCCCACAAUAUACUUUUGGAUGAAGAUUUGCGCCCAAAAAUAUCUGAUUUUGGCCUUGCUAAACGAUGCAAAACAAAGGAGAGCAUUGUGUUAUUGACGGGCAUGAGAGGGACUGCAGGAUUUAUUGCACCAGAAGUAUUUAGUCGGAACUUUGGUGGAGUCUCUCACAAGUCUGACGUUUACAGCUACGGAAUGUUGGUUCUUGAAAUGGUUGGAGGAAGAAAAAAUUUUGAUGGAGGACUCUCUCAUACCAGUGAAAUAUAUUUUCCACACUGGAUUUAUAUGAAGCUUGAACAGGACAUAAAUUCUGCUACUUUUAGGGAAGUAAUAGAAGAGGAGGUAGAAGAGACAACAAAAAAGAUGAUAAUAGUUAGUUUGUGGUGCAUUCAGACAAAUCCUUCAGAUCGGCCUUCAAUUGGUAAGGUGAUAGAGAUGUUAGAAGGAACCCUUCAAUCCUUACCAUUUCCACCAAAGCCAUUCUUGGAUUCACCUACGAGGUCACCUUAAGAUUCUUCCACGACUUCAUAGUCAUAAAAAUCCAACAUUUAAAAUAGGUGCAACUGUAUCUAAAAUUGAAAGAAGAAUAGAUGAUCUCAUUGCUGUGUUUUGCUUGCUUACAUAGUUACAUAAUGUUGUAUAUAUACAAUUUUACAUUGAGACAAAUCGCACGUACGGAAUAUGGAGAAGAUUUCAUGAAAAAUGUCACACCAUAUCCUACUCGAUGUGGUGAUCAAAGACAUUUCUCUGCUAGGUUUACAUGGGGCGUUGGACUAUUGUAUUGCAGUCUAACUUAUUCAUAUUUAGAGAUUGAUUGCAACC